AUGCUGCGCGGAGGAUUCGAAAUCAUACUGCUGGUGCUGCCGUGCGCAAUUCGUCCACGAGGCGCAGCCAGGCAACUGCACCUGAGUAUUCAGGCCCUCUCAACCUUUGCACAGUACGCAUCCACAAUAUUUACCCACGACAUCCAAAUCACCCAGGACACAGAAUCACAGUCAACCGUCGCAGAUGACAGUAUGGUGCACCUUACCAAGAUCAGAGAAAGUAAUGCGCAAAUCGACGGAGAGACAGCACCCCGGAUCGCAGUGUUUGUCGGCGGGACCUCGGGCAUAGGAAAGAUCACGCUGGGAGCGAUAGCAAAGCUGGGAACAAACUUCAAAGCCUACGUUGUUGGAAGAAAAGAGAGCAAGGCGGCGUUUCAACUAUUCAUCGAAGAGCUACAUACGGCGAACGCGAAUGCGAGUGUCAUAUGGGUAGAAGGUCAGGUUACGCUGCUGUCUGAAGUAAAGCGGAUAUGCGACUACAUAAAAAAACUCGAGACCAGUAUCGAUCUCCUCUUCUUAACAACCGGAUACGUACCGUUUUUCGGACGAGAAACCACGUCCGAAGGCUUAGACAUCAGCCAAGUACUAGAGUUCUACGCGCGGUUCUGCUUUACACAAAACCUCCUUUCCCUACUCCGCGCUUCGGAUCGCGCACGCGUGAUAAGCGUACGCGCUGGCGGAAUGGAAACCGACUGGUUCUUCAAACCAGAUGAUCUAUUACUCGAAGCCCCAGGCGCAUUCGGAGCCAUGACUACGAUGAUACACAUGAUCAACAUGGCCACACUAUCACUCGAACGCCUUGCUGGAAUGCCAGAGAACAAGAAUAUCGUCUUCAUACACGCACAUCCAGGGAGCGUGCGGACGGGAAAUCUGUUUCGCGGGUUCAAGGAAGGGUCUUGGGGUUCGUGGGCGGCUUGGAUGUUCAUGGAUCCAGUGAUUAGGAUUAUGACGUAUAGGGAGGAGGAGGCCGGUGAGAGGUAUGUAUACCAGAUUACUAGUGCGGCUUUUGGAGGGAAAGGGGUGCCGUUGAGAGGAGGCGUUGUGGAAGGGAAGAACACGGUAGGACAGAAAGAUGGAGGCCUGUUUCUGGUAUGGCAUACUUGUGAGACGACGCUGAAUGAGAAGGCGCUGGCGAGAUUGAGAGUGAGCGCCCAGGACAAGGUUUGGGCCAAAACACAGGAGAUUGUUGGGCCAUAUGCUUAG